CUCUCUCUCUCUCUCUCUCCUUCCUUUCCCAUCCUCCGCACUCCGCUGUCGCCUCUUUCUCUCUCUACCGCUCAAUCUCUUCUUCUCCACAUAGCUUUUUCCGUUUCCACCCUUUUAAUUUAUUUUCUCUUUCGGACGCUUCAUUUUUCUCCUCCGCGUCCUUUUUUAUCUACCGCAGAAGCUAAACCUACAUCAUACGAACCACGCGAGUCGCCGUCGUCUUCGUCUACUUCGCCUUAUUUAAUUGGAGCCAGCCCUCUAUUUUCUUCUUUAGGUCAUUUCUCACAUCCAGAUCUUUGCAAGAUUGCUGACUGAGUCAUGGCGAUCGUCAAGAACAGCUUUAGGGUUUCUAGAAUGAACGGCGAUUUCUCACCUGUGACUCUUUCAAGCGAAGAGGAUGAUGAGAGCUCGGCGUCGCUGGCGUCGUCAAGCGACGGAGGUUCUGCUUCCGAUGCAGAUUCUGGCAUGGGUUCAGACGAGAUCGAUCUCUCCGAGUUCGGUGAGUCGGGAAUGGAGUUCUGCCAGGUGGGGAACCAGAGUUGUAGCAUCCCUCUAGAACUGUAUGAUCUUUCUGACCUUGGGGCGGUUCUGUCAAUUGAGACAUGGAACGAUUGUCUCACCGAGGAAGAGCGGUUUGCUUUGACCGAAUAUCUCCCCGACAUGGACCAGGAGGGUUUUGCCCUAAACCUAAAGGAGCUGUUUUGUGGGAUGAAUUUUCAUUUUGGAAGCCCUGUUAUGAAUUUCUUCAAUAGGUUGAAAGGCGGGUAUUUUGACCCGAGGGUAGUUCUUUACCGCCAAGGUUUGAAUUUAUUUAAGCGGCGACACUACUAUCAUUGGUUAAGAAAUUAUCAGAACUCCAUUCUGGGGAAUCUUGUUCAGAUUAGAGAUACUUGGAUGAACUGUAAUGGAUAUAGCAUUAAAGAGAAGCUGCGAGUUUUGAACAAGUUGAAACGAAAGAGGAGUUUCGGUUAUGAUAAGAAUGGAGAUUUGGGUUCUGAGACGAAUUCUGAAAGCGACAACUCUAGUGAGGAUUACUGGAGUAAAAGGUUCAAUAUGAAUCGUCGAGCUACCAAAUUAUCUCACAAAGUUCCUUCUGAGGUUUUCUCGCAAAGGAGCAGGUUGGAUAUGGAGCCAGCAAGGUUUGGCAAGGAGAAAUCUAAGGGAAUUUUGAAGAUUGCUUCCCCGAAGGGCUGUAAAAACAAUAAAGGUAGCAACUUUCCUUUGUUGUUUGACAAUGGAGCAGAGAAAGCAGAAAUGCCCAGAGUAUCACACGGUUUUGGCCAAAAAAGUUACUAUUCAGGAUUUGAUUUGCUUAAUGGCGGUGGCAGAGGAGUUGCUGGCAGCUAUUUUGAGGCGCAGGGCAAUACAUUUGCUGGGCAACGUGAAUGGAAUUCGUGUGGCAGAAUAAAGAUUUCUAGGUCCGGUUUGAUGAAAUCAAAAAAUAAGAAGGAUUUUCUGGAAGAGGAACCAAAAAGGUAUCUUGGGUUGCCUGAUUAUCUUGGCAGAGGCAGGAACUCUGAUCAGGAAGUUACCAUUGCUUCUUAUGACUUUGAUCCUGCUACGAGUGUGAAGAAACUGAAUCAUUCUGACAGGAACUUGAAGCAUACUGUGAAAGAUGGCCUUCAGCAUCGAUUGCCCAAAUCCAAAGUAUCUAAGGGUUCUGCUAUUACUCCUCCCUUCAGGCAACACAAAGUUUAUGAUGAAUCUGAUCCUCUCAACAAUUCUGAUAUGUUGGAUGACAGGAGUACAAGAGCAAAGAAAUUGAAAGCUGGAGAUCAUCAAUGUUUUGAUGCAAGUAGAAGUGGCAUUGAUUCAAAAGUUAAGUCUUAUAAAGUUCUUCCUGCGGAGAUGAGUGAACCGCUCUUUCAACCAGAAUAUAGAACAAAAAUUUCACAGGGUAAGCUGAGAGAUAAAUCAUCUCAUCAAUUACGAGCCAGUGAUAAAUAUUCAAGGGAUAGGCCUACCUAUGCUCAAAGUGAAGAGACUGAAUCAGAUUCUUCAGAUCAAGGUGAAGAAGCUGGGGAUGGUUAUCCGUACACAAGCAGAUCAGAACUUCCAAGUACUGCAACUGAAACUCGGCAGUCAAAAAUUGUUAAACCAGUACAUGAUCCUAAAAAAUCAAGUAAAACUGCAAAAUCCAAUAAAAGGGAUCGUUCUCAUCCACUCGAUGGUGGUAUGAGUGGUCACACAGCAGAAGAUGAGCCUUAUUGUAAAAAUGUCAAGCAGAAGGGUAAAACAAAUCGUAAAAGCUACUUGACUGAAGGUAAAUCAGCAAGGAAACACCAAGCAGUGCAUAUCAGUGAAGAGUCACAGCUUGCUUCACAUGGUUCUUAUGCUGUAGAGAGAAAGAGGAAAGGUUCAGCAAAUGCAUAUCACUCUUUCCAACAAGCAAAUGAAAAUUGUAAUCUUGGAAGUAGCAUUUUAGAUGAAGCUGAGGAUAAUUUUGAUGCAAAUACAAGUCUACAGGAUAUGCAGCUGCAAGAAGAUAGAUCUGUAAGCAAAAACAAAAAAUCUACUGAUUAUGCUUUUGAGAUUGAUCAUCACCAAAGUUCAAACAUCCCUGGGAUGGGUUGCAAUUCCUUGUUGGAGGAUAUAGGGAAGGAACAAGAUGGGUGUCUUGAAGGUCUGGAUGGACCUUCUUACCAGCAGUUUAGUUCAAAGAAGCAAAUUGAAGAUUCCUCUACUACCAAAAAGAGAGGUAAAAGAAAAGCCGACGUAGCUGUCUCUUCCCAUCUGUUACUCCCUGAACCAAUCAUUGUGGAGAAGGGUGCAUCUGAGUUAGAGCUUGAUACAAGGACACAGAGAAAAUCCUUCACUCUGAUAACACCCACCAUCCACACUGGCUUUUCCUUCUCCGUUAUACAUCUUCUUUCAGCUGUUCGGAAGGCCUUGGUAUCACCUCAUAUGGAAGAUAAUACAGAGAUUGGUAAUCAUCUUGAGAAGGUUACAGGAGAGCCAAAAAGGUUACCACAAGUUGCCAAUGACAUUCCUCAUUCUCAGGAUCAAAUGGAAGGCAGCUUUCUUGAGCCUUGCGGACGGAGUAGUUUCCCUUCUCUCACAAUUCAGGAGAUCGUUAAUCAUGUCAGAUCAAACCCUGGAGAUCCUUGCAUUCUUGAAACUCAGGAGCCGCUCCAGGAUUUGAUUAGAGGAGCUUUAAGGAUAUUCUCAUCUAGAACUGCACCGUUGGGAGCCAAGGGUUGGAAGGCACUUGUAUCAUAUGAGAAGUUGUGUAAAAGAUGGGCGUGGAUUGGUCCACUUUCUAUUAGUUCAUCUGAUAACGAUAAUGCUGAAGAAACUUCUGCCGAGACUUGGUGCAUUCCACACAAGAUGCUUGUCAAAUUGGUUGAUGCCUUUGCUAAUUGGCUAAAAAGUGGUCAAGAGACCCUUCAGCAAAUAGGAAGUCUUCCAGCACCGCCUGCCAUGUUGCCCGUCUUGGAUGAGAAGGAAAGAUUCAGAGAUCUCAGAGCCCAGAAGAGUCUUAACACUAUCAGGCCAAGUUCUGAAGAAGUAAGGGCAUAUUUCCGGAAGGAGGAGCUCUUACGAUACUCAAUUCCAGAUAGAGCCUUCCAGUACACUGCAUUUGACGGAAAAAAAUCCAUUGUAGCACCAUUGAGAAGGGGUGGCGGCAAGCCAACUUCAAAAGCACGCGAUCAUUUUAUGCUCAAGCCAGAUCGCCCACCGCAUGUCACCGUUCUUUGCCUUGUUAGAGAUGCCGCUGCCAGAUUGCCUGGAAGUGUUGGAACCAGAGCUGAUGUUUGCACUCUGAUCAGGGAUUCCCAGUAUAUUGUUGAAGAUGUCACUGAUGCACAGAUCAACCAAGUUGUCAGUGGUGCUUUAGAUCGUUUACAUUAUGAGCGUGACCCUUGUGUACAAUUUGAUGGAGACAGGAAAUUAUGGGUUUAUCUGCACAGGGACAGGGAAGAUGAAGAUUUUGAGGAUGAUGGUACAUCAUCCACAAAAAAAUGGAAAAGGCAGAGGAAAGAUACUACAGAUAAUUCUGACAUUGCAGCAAUGAAUGAUGCUAACAUUGUUGCAGCUGGGGACCUAACUAUGGUUGGUUCUUCUGGAUAUGAUUUCCAUCCUGAUCUUAAUGUUGAUUCAUCAGCUGUCGACAAUGGUGAACUUGUUUAUAGCGAUAUGAGGCCUACUAAGGAGAAUUUUCAGUCUUUUAUCAACACAUCGCAUUUAGAUAGACGUCAAGACAACCUCAUAAAUUGGGAGGUACUUGGGGUGAAUCACUUGCCGGAAAAUAAAAUGCUUUGUCAAGAGAACUCCACAAAUGACGAUUUUGAUGAUGAAUCUUUUAGCAGAGAUAGGACAGCUGCCUUCUUGAAUGGAAGCUUAUUGUGAAAUUGUUUUCCAUGAUCUCAAUAUGUGAUUCCAUGUUUCAGGAAUGAUCACGAGAAUUCAUUUUCGAGGACUUAAUUUAAGGUAUUCGAGGAUUCUAUAAGCUGAUUGAAGGGAAGACUCUUUGGGUUUGUGCAUGAAAUGGCUAAUGUGACUCACUGUAAAUGCGAUGUAUAGACGGAUGCGAGUGGUGAUUCCAUCCUCUGAUUGCUGCAAUUUGACUGAGGUAAACUGCCAGUUCUGUGAUUCGAUGGAGACUAUACAAGAAGCUGGGAACUUGGGCAAAUCAUGUAUAUGCAGAAGUUUCAUGGCUGGCUCCUCUCCAUAACUCUGAUUGCUGAAAUCCAAGCUGCUUCAGAGCUGAGCAAGCAAAGCCUUGUUCUACUGGAAAAUAUCCCCGUGCAUAAAUAAUUCAGACCUAUCAGAAGCAGCAAAAUCUAGCUCAGAUCUAAGACAAUUGGCGUGCUCAACAAGUACUCUCUCUAGAAGGAAUGAGGUAGAAAAAUCACUGAGUUCUCAAAAGCUUGAAGAAAGAGUAGUACUGCAAUUAACUAACCUGAAUGAAGCAUCUGCAUUAUCAAAUGCUCUUUUUCUCUUAUUGCGUACUUUGCCUUUUGAUAUUGUUCUUCUUGAUCGAGUAUCACCUUUUCACAUCCUUUCAAUUUAUUCUGGGCCAGAGGCAUAUACAAAAUGGAAUUUUAUUGCUUUUCAACGGCUAGAAAUAGAUGCAAAGGCCGUAAAUAUUAUACCUGACUAUUUUCAAUUUUUUCAAUUAACUCUGCAGUCAAAUGUUGUUGAGAAUCAUGGAGUUCUUGAAGCACAAUUAAUUGCUGGUAUUAGUAUCAUAUCAAGGUUAGAGCUUCUCUGAAAAUAAACUUUGAGAAUUGAUCAAGCUAUAGAAGACACCUUAUCUUUGGACUCCAAUUCUACUUGAUAUAACGGUCGGCAUGCGGCAAAUUGCUUCUUCCUCACUCAAUGGUCUAUCAAAACUCAAAAGAUUUCAACAGAUUUUGCCAAAAAAAACAAAAAAAACUGAAAGGACAAAAAGUUCUUAUUUCACAUGCCUGCACCGGAGAACAACUUGAACGUUGAGAUCUUUUUCCUUGUCAUUUCUGUUGCAAGAAGAAUAAGAGAGAUUCAUAGGCAUCUCUCCUAUUUUCCUCUGAAUGCCCUCCAUUUCCUCUGAGCUCGGAGAAGCAGAUAAGCACAUCAAAAACGGAUUUUCUUUUUCAAAAAAAUGGAUUUUUUCUUACUGUCAUGAUUACAAAGAAAGGACCUUUAGAUAGCGCGUUGAUGGAGGAAGAAGGAUGAAAAGGCAGUGAAGAGGAAAGUCACAGGGAAUUGCCGCCGGCGGCCGGUGGCCGUCGUUGAAAUCAGAGUAGAAAUUGAAACCUGAAGGCUUACAAUCUGAUAUUGAUUCAGUCUUUUCUGCUUUUCUGAUGCCUCCAAUGUGGUUCUUCAUCGCCAUAUUAUUUUUUAUGUAUCUGCUUACUCAAUCAAUAAAUAAUUAGAUUUAAUUAUCGAGACGACAUUUGGAGGGAAGAGAAUUCAUGAAAGCAACUCCCAUUUAACGGUUCUUUAACAGAAGGAAAUAGUUUUUAGGAGAAGUUCUACUAACAGUCAAAAGAGAGAGAUUGUUUCUU